CACGGGCGUGGCUUGAGGAGUUUCGCAGCUCUUGCGAUCCGGGGCCUGAACCCAGCCUCUGUAGGGGCGCGGCGAAGUGGUCAGUUCGAACCGUCGCCGUCCAAUAGGUGAGCUCGACGAGGCAGAUGGCUCCGCCCCAGGCUAGUGGUGGCGAUGAGACCUGUUGUUGUUUUAUUUGUUGUGCCCCGGAACCGGGGAGCGGUGCUAGGGACGCGUCCUGAGUCCCCGGGGGAAGAUCCCCAACCUCGCCGAGGGACGAAGCCGAGGCUUUGACGCUACCGUUGUCCAUGGAGGCCGCAGCCGGAGAGGGCGAGCGGGAGCCUGAGGUGCUGAGCUGUUUUUCCUACAACCAGGACUGCACUUCCCUGGCCAUCGGAACGAAAACUGGAUACAGGCUUUUUUCCUUGAGUUCUGUGGAGCAACUGGAUCAGGUCCACGAAAGCAAUGAAAUCCCAGAUGUUUACAUUGUGGAGCGCCUCUUCUCUAGCAGCCUUGUGGUGGUGGUGAGUCGAACCAAGCCUCGGCAGAUGAAUGUCUACCAUUUCAAGAAAGGGACAGAAAUCUGCAACUACAGCUACUCUAGUACCAUCCUCUCCAUCCAGCUGAAUCGGCAGAGAUUGAUUGUUUGUCUGGAAGAAUCUAUUUAUAUUCAUAACAUUAAGGACAUGAAGCUUCUGAAAACUAUCCUGGACACCCCACCAAACGCAACAGGUUUAUGUGCACUUUCUAUCAAUCAUUCCAAUUCUUACUUGGCAUACCCUGGUAGCUCGACUGUUGGAGAGAUUGUGUUGUAUGAUGGAAAUAAUUUGAAAGAUGUCUGCUCAAUUGCUGCCCAUGAUGGGCCCCUUGCUGCCCUGGCCUUCAACUCCACUGGAUCAAAACUAGCAAGUGCUUCUGAAAAGGGAACUGUCAUUCGUGUAUUUUCAAUCCCUGAAGGACAAAAACUAUAUGAAUUCAGAAGAGGGAUGAAGAGAUAUGUGAACAUCAGCUCCCUAGUGUUUAGCAUGGACUCGCAGUUCUUGUGUGCUUCCAGCAACACUGAGACCGUGCACAUCUUUAAGCUGGAACAUCUUACAGACAGCCGACCAGAAGAAACCCCAUCCUGGAGUGGCUACAUGGGCAAGAUGUUCAUGGCCGCCACCAACUACCUCCCUUCGCAAGUGUCGGGCAUGAUGAGCCAAGAUCGGGCCUUUGCCACCGUGCGCUUGAACUUCUCUGGACAAAGGAACAUCUGUGUGCUCUCCACGAUUCAGAAGCUGCCUCGGCUCUUAGUUACAACAUCUGAUGGACACCUUUACCUCUACAACCUGGACCCUCAAGAUGGAGGAGAAUGCGUUUUAAUCAAGAAGCACAGCUUGCUUGACUUGGGAAAGACCGAAGAGAACAAAGAGAAUGAUCUCCGGCCUCCAGUACCUCAGACUUAUGCCGCGACAGUAGCCAAGCAGAGUUCGGUGCCUUCGCCUUCGAUGAUGCCAGGUUACUCAGAAGAUGGAGGAGCCCUUCGAGGAGAGAUUAUCCCAGAGCAUGAAUUUGCCACCGGGCCAGUGUGUCUGGAUGAUGAGAAUGAGUUUCCACCUAUAAUCUUGUGCCGUGGAAGCCAGACGAGCAAAGUGAAGAGGUCAUGAGGAAUGGGAAACGGCAGAGCACAGAACGGCUGAUGGGAGGUAGUUUGGAAAAAAAAAAAAAGGGAAUGUGGACGAACUCACAAGUGAGGGAGAAACCAGAGGUGCCCCAGUGCUUUUAACGCAGAAUGUUCUUAGCCAGCCCUUUCUGGCCCUUCGUGUGUGUUGUUUUUAAGUGCUAUGUGGGUUUGGUAUCAAUGUACUGUAUAUGCACAUUGCUCCGCACUCGAGAACCACAGUGUAAAUGUUACCUUGAUCAGAGUUUUAUGUAACCUGAAUUUUAUACACAUGCCUGCUUUUUCUAAUUUAUGUGGUGUAUAAAUGUACUUAUAGAAAUGUCUCUUGAUCUAUGUCUUUGUACAGUAUAUGCAUAUUUUACCCAUGCAGAAUAUUUUUGCAGUGACAUGCGGGGGGGGGGAUGCACCCCAGUUUAUUAUGUUGAACCUCUGCUGGAAUACCUGUAAUAAAGUCGUCCUGGUGUCACCAGCA